UGAACUUCAGGCCCAUCCAUUACUGUACGUUUUUACUUUUUGACGGAAAGGGAAAGAAAAGGGAAGAAAAAUGCAUGCAAUGGGAUCUUGCCUUCAGGGCGCAUUCUCUGCUUCGAAUGGACUUAGAUAUUAAUGAUUAUUCUUUCGUUGCAAAAUUUAUCAUGUUAAUCAAUAAUGAAUUCCUGUCAUUCAUGUGACAGGAAUCCCAAGGAAUGUUGCGUCUGGGAUCUCGUAAACCUCUCUUAAACCCUUUCUGUCUGUAUUCCUUCAUCUCUAACUGUAGUUUUAGCUACUCUCCUGAUUCAACAGAAGUCAUUUACGACAAUCUUCUCAAAUUCUGUGAUGGCUUGGUUUUUCUCAGGCAGAUACAUUCGGUUCUCACCACCACCAGUCUCGUCGUCAAGAGCCCUCACUUGAGUGCCCAAAUUAUCAUCAAAUAUGCACAAUUUGGAGACCCCAAUAGCGCUAGAUCAUUGUUCGGUUAUAUUAAUAUCUAUGGUGGAAAGCCCAGUUCUUUCCUGUGGAAUACGAUGAUUAGGGCUUAUGCCAAUGGAGGCCACUGUUUCGAAACGUUGCAGUUAUAUGUGCUUAUGCGCAGAGCCGGCAUUUUACCCAACAACUACACCUUCCCUUUCAUAUUUAAGGCCUGCGCUAAUAAUUCGUUUAUUCUUCAAGGGAAAUUGGCUCACGGAGAUGCUUUGAAAACUGGGUUCGAUUCAGAUUUAUAUGUUGAGGCUGCGUUAGUGGACAUGUACGCAAAAGCCGGUCAAUUUUGUGAUGGUCGCAAGAUUUUCGAUGAAAUGUCGAUGAAGGAUUUAGUUUGCUGGACAGCAAUGAUCACAGCCUAUGAACAGGCUGAGAAGCCUGAAGAGGCUCUCAUUUUGUUCCAAAAAAUGCAACAAGAGGGGCUCUUGGCUGAUUCAGUUGCUAUUGUGAGUGUUGCCUCUGCUAUUGGUCAGUUAGGAGAUACCAAGAUGGCUCAAUCAGUUCAUUGUCAUGCCAUUCGCCAUUUGUUUCUCGAGGAAAUUUGUGUUGCCAACUCAAUUAUGGCUAUGCAUGCCAAAUGUGGGAAUAUGGAUAAGGCUCGCUUGGUUUUUGAUAUGAUGGGUGAAAGAAAUUUAAUCUCGUGGAACUCUAUGCUUUCGGGCUAUACCCAAAAUGGAAAAGCCAGUGAAGCUCUGUUACUUUUUUAUGAGAUGCGUGAUUCUGGGUGUGAACCUAAUCCAGUGACAGCACUGAUCAUGGUUGCAGCCUGUGCUUAUUUGGGUUCAAGCCAUCUUGGAAAGAAAUUCCAUGAUUUUAUUCUUGAUAGUAAAAUGAAAAUUGACGUGAAUCUUCGGAAUGCGCUGAUGGACAUGUAUGCGAAAUGUGGAGACCUAGAAACUGCUGUGGAAAUGUUCAGUGGCAUUCAUCCAAGUGAACGGGAUGUUUGUUCUUGGAAUGUAUUAAUUUCGGGGUAUGGCAUGCAUGGAUACGGAGAAGAAGCCCUGAAACUUUUCUCUAGAAUGCAAGAGGAAGGUGUUGAGGUUGAGCCAAACCACAUCACUUUCACAUCCAUUCUUUCUGCUUGUAGCCAUGCAGGCCUUGUCGAUGAAGGGAGAAAGUGUUUCACAGACAUGAUAAAGUCCGUGACACCAGAGAUGAAACACUAUGCUUGCAUGGUCGAUAUGCUUGGACGAGCUGGGCUCUUGCAGGAAGCGUUUGAUCUUAUUAAAGAAAUGCCAUUAUCUCCAAAUGAUUCCGUAUGGGGAGCUCUGCUUUUAGCUUGCAAAAUCCAUGGGAACAUAGAAUUAGGGAAAAUUGCAGCUAACAAUCUAUUCGAGCUUGAGCCAAACCAUACCGGAUACUACGUGUUAAUGUCAAACAUAUAUGCAGCCUCAAACAAGUGGCAAGAAGUUGGGAAACUGAGACAAGAUAUGAAGAAUAGGGGCUUGAAGAAACCUGCAGCGUUUAGUGUGAUUGAAUAUGGCAGUGAAAUUCAUGGGUUCCACACAGCUGACCAUGAAAAUCCAUAUUGGCAAGAGGUUUAUAGAAAAGUCGAAAGCUUGGCGAUUGAAAUGAGGUUGGCUGGGUACAUACCAGAUCUAUCAUGUGCUCUACAUGAUAUGGAAGAUGAAGACAAGGAGCACAUCCUGAACUAUCACAGUGAGAAGCUAGCUGUGGCUUUUGGAAUCCUGAUGAUGGAUUCGAGAAUGGCAAUUCGAGUCACGAAGAAUCUUCGGGUUUGCAAUGAUUGUCAUUUGGCCUUUAAGUAUAUUUCCUACAUAUAUGGACGGAAGAUUAUUGUAAGAGAUGCCAAUCGGUUCCAUCACUUUGAAAAUGGCAGUUGCUCCUGCAAGGAUUAUUGGUAAACAGCCCAUUGUUAAACCUUAGCAACUCAGCUUUGAAGGGCAGCUAUUGAUUUUGAAGUCUUUUGGAAGGUUCUCAUAAUUUUACAUUGAUCAACAGUGAGCAGAGGCUAUCUAAUGCAGAGUCUAAUUCCAUGGAGAUGCUUAACCAAUCUCCAGCAGUUAAUCUCUGGUUUGUGAUGAUUCAAUGGAUAAAGGAGAUGCAACAUCCUGACAUCCUUUGCCAGGUAAUGAACAAAACUAUCAAUUGUUGAUCCUAUGCAAUCUAACAUUUGCUGUAAGAUUACAGAUUGAUUGACACUUAUAUCUUCCAUAUACCAGAAUGACUAAGCACUGACAGAUGUUAUAGGUCAAGAACAUGAGCCUGUUUGUAAAAAUCAAAGAAAUUUAUCUAUAAAAUAGAAUGCACAAAAUUCUCUGGCUGAA